AUGCCUCCCACUGCUGCCGUCAAAUCUGCUAGGUCUUCCAUUUACGGUUGGACUAAAAAGCGAUCAGUAUCACCAUCUUCUUCAUCACAACAGUCCACCUCAACUUCAAAGCCCAAGAUGGCUCAACAACCUCAUCAACAAUACUCUCAACCAACCAUGCCUGCACCUAGAAGGCCGGAGGAGAGCCCAUAUUUUGAGGAGGAUUACAGUGAUGAGAUCAUGGUGUAUAUGCAUUCUAUGGACAACUCCACUCUCGCUUCUGCCGAACUCAUGGACAUGCAACCCGAACUUCAAUGGUUCAUGCGUCCCUACCUCAUUGAUUUCCUCAUCGAGGUUCACCAACAAUUCCGUCUUCGCCCGGAAGUCCUCUACCUUGCCAUGAACAUCGUCGACAGAUAUGUGUCUAAACGGGUGGUAUACAAGAAGCACUAUCAGCUCGUUGGUUGUGCAGCAUUGUGGAUCGCUGCGAAAUUCGAAGAUGGGAAGGACAAGGUACCUCUCGUAAGAGAAUUAGCAGAGAUGUGCUGCAAAGCAUAUGAUGAAAGUGCUUUCAUUCAAAUGGAAGGCCAUGUCCUCUCUACCAUCGGUUGGAACAUCGGACACCCUUCUGCUGAAGCUUGGUUAAGGAUCAACACCUCCGGUCACAGUUACGAAGAUCCCAAGGUCCAAAAUAUGGCUAGGUUUUUGAUGGAAAUCACCCUCUUCCACCGAGAAUUUGUUGGUAUCCAAUCAUCACUGGUCGCUUCCGGUGCCCUCAUGCUUGCUCGAUUCAUCUGUGGAAAAGCUCGAAAACCCGUAGCUCGACAUGAAAAUGUCGCUGUCCGAAUAGCUCUUGCCAUCGACAAACACUUUGCCGAGAAGCUUGAAAACAUAUCCGAAAUCGUCAUCCGAAAAUACGCUCCCACUUAUUACGGUCGAUGUUCUACCAUUUGUCGAGAAUGGUACCUUUCUGGAAGAAGAUUCGUUUACAACCCCGAAGCUCCUGCUACACCUAUCUCAACCAAUCUUCCCACACCCGGACUUGCUCCUUCUGGAUCAGGUGGAUGGCCAUCGAAACGUGGAUCAUGGGCUACUGGUUCUCCCGGUGGUUCCAUCUCAUGUGCUUCUUCCGAAGCUGGUGAUGAUGCUCCACUUACUCCUAUCACUCCUGUCCACUCUCAUGUCAUCGAUCCCUUCUCUGUCGCAUCAAAGGAAAAUAUCGCUCCAGGAGUCUACGGGUCCAACCCUUCUGCCAGUAUGUCAAAGGAUUCCGUCUCAAGUCUUUCUGUCAACGUCACAAGUGCAAAACCAUUACCUCAACAACCAGUCUACGCUCAACGGCCUCCUCUUCACGCUCUCCCAGCGGUGGGAGAUCUCUCCCUUCCUAACCGAUCGAUGAGACGGUUGAGCAAUUAA